UUUGUCUUGACUCUCAGUUGGAAGCAAGGAUGACUGGGUGGGCAGAAAAGGAAGGAUCCAUCUGCCUCUCUUCUUUGUGUUGCAUUUAAAGUUUUUUGAUUGAAAAAAACUUCCAAGAAAAAUAUUUUUAAAAAAUCUCCCCCCUCUCUCUGUGAUCUUUCCGUAUUGUUUGUCCUUAACAUCUGAUAUGCAGCAAGUAUACUGUCCCUUUACAUGGAGGCUCCACCCACACCCUAUGAUUCUGCUCUAGGGCUUCUUUGCUAGCAGUUCCCUAUGUCUUCCCACCCUGCUGAAAUUUAGAUGGUCUACCCUACAGGAGUGGUGGUGGCCGCCUCCGACGACGACAUGGGUUACGACGGGUAUUUUUGGCCCCCGGCGAAGGAGGAGGUAGAGCCGGUGCACUGCUCUGAGGGAGUCCCUGCCCAGACUAUUACUGGCUCGGAAGAAAAGGCCUCCAGCAAUAAUCCAGAUCUCUCCCCAAGGUCCUCCAGCUCUGGCAUAUUCACUUUUUACACACCAGACUCUGCAACCAGCCCCAACAAGCAGUCCCCCUCCCCACAUCUGACUUCUACCCCCCAGAGGCGCAAGGAGGAAAAUAAUGGCAGCAAGAAGGUCAAAAUCCGCACUGCUUUCUCUCAAGAACAGCUACAGAUUUUGCACCACAGAUUCCAGAGCCAGAAGUAUCUCAGUCCACAACAGAUACGAGAAUUGUCCUCAGUCUUGGGACUCACUUACAAACAAAUAAAAACAUGGUUUCAGAAUCAGCGGAUGAAGUUUAAACGAACCCAGAAGGAAACUCUGUGGAUGAGAAGAGGGAUGUGCCAACCUCAGAAUGGUUACCUGGAUAUAAAUGCCAGCUGUCACCAAGGAUAUGCCAUCAAUGAUGCUAGGAACAUCCAUUCAUUGGCCAAUGUGCAUGAGAACUAUGCCAACAGUCAAAUCUCUGUCAGCAACCAGAACUAUAAUAAUGACCACAGCCAGAUCUACAGUAGAUCCCAGAGUUUGUGUCCAAUUGUGAAUGGAGAAGAUGGAAGCUUCUUUGGGAAAACUGCUGGGGCCUGUUAUGGCCAACAGGCAAUCGGGUACAUCAGCCAGCAAAAGAUGAACUUUUAUCAUGGUUUCUCUGCAAGUUUGGAGUAUGCCACUGUGAAGAGGGAGGAUGGUUACAAGUUCCCAAGUGUAUCUGCCACUGCAGCAGGCAAUUCUGUCCUCCAGCAUUAUCAGACACCUUUCCAAACUCAAGGAUCACAGAGCAACUAUAAUUCCUAAGCUUAUAGAUCCUCUCCUCACACACCCCUAUGCUCUCAGUAUCUUACUACUUUCUCUCUCUUGAGAAUCUUCAGUUUGAAAGAUUUGAGUCUCGCUCCAUCUUCCCACCUCAUUCACUGGCAUCAGCGAGGGAUCUUGGCACUUGAAAAGGCUGGAUUCUUCCUGUCUCCUCUUCUGCCUCAGGGGCAUCUAUCUGUCUGUGUGUAUGUCUGAACUUGGCUUUCAUCAGAUAACCCUGGCUGGCUCCAGGAAAAAGGCACUAAGUGUGUGUAUGGAAGGCCAUUUUCUUGAAAGGGAGUGUGCAAAUGUUAACUGGCUUGACUCCAUCCACCCCUACCCUUGAUUGCCUGCUGUGUAAAUCAUUCUUUGAGCUCAAAAUCUGGAGGCCCCUCCUCAACACAGUUGGAAGGAAGCUUUUAUUCUUAAAACUGCCCCCUUUGUCCUUUUUCUUCCUGAUUUUGUACUUCUUUGAUCUUUCAUGAAAGAUCUUGUUCUUGUCCUGACAAAAAAAAUUAACCAGACAUACCCAUCUAGUGCUUCCAAAUAGAUCCUCUUGCUUCUUCAGCUGCAUUUCUGUUAAGAGUAGGGUGACUUGGGGCAAAGGAGGACGGGACUCCAGGUCUAGUAGCAGAGGGAUUGUCUUUCUGACCCUUGCAUGACAACCUGCUACUAUUGAAACUGCUCUCCUUUGCAUCUGCUCACAGGAGACUUCCAAAAACAUAAUAGACUGAGCCAGAUAUAAUCCAGGGAGUGUUUUUAUUCAAGAUUUCUUCACAGGUGAAGAGAUGGCACAGAAUGAACGCAGAUUGUGUCUUAGUUUGUGCAUGUCAUACUGAAAUUUAGCAAGGUAAAUGGCAUCUUUUAACAUUUAUGCCAGUCAUGGCCAGGACAAGGUGGCAACUAAGCCUAACUGCUCUGUGAAAUGCUUUAGCAUCAGCAGUUCUUUUGAGAAUGACACAUGUCUGAAGGAAGCAGAAUGAGAGAAAGUGACAAAAAUGUUGAAAGGAAGCCAGUAGGAUUCCCCAUGUACAGCUCCUCUAGGAGGCACCAAUGCCUAUUCUUCCUCAAAAUUCACUUGAGUUUCCUGCACACCACCAGCAUGUCAUCCAGCCUAAUAAUGAGGUUUUCCUGCUUUUUGCUGGCAACAAGUUACCCACCCAACGCUGUGGUGGACUGUAUUUCCAACUGCACCUGCACCAUAGAUCUUCACAAGCAAGAGCAAGGGAUGACCUCUGCAGGUUUCUCUCUGAUCAUUCUAUGACCAAUCCUAGAAGGACUACACAAACCAUCGCUGAUGAGAGUGGAGAUGAGCCAGAAGCUCUCUUAGUAGUUAGGGCAUGGUUGCUGAGCUUAAAAGGUAUGGCAAACCUGAUGCUUAGUCCAUCUAGUUCUCCCAAUUUUAUUGUGAAGAAAUACUUCAAUCUCCAGUAUGACAACAUCUGUCUUCAUAGGGGAUAUACUGCAGCUGCCAGACAAGAUUAGGUAUUGUGUACUUUUGUAUAUAAAGCUAUGGGACACAAUUGGUUUUUCUUCUGGCUAGCCUCGUUUAGUAUGUAUUGCUCUAAAUAUAAUGUACUAAUAUAACUGGAAGGGGGGAGGAAACCUCUCCUGCUGUGAAACUGUUUAACAUAAAACAAAAACUGGGCUGGAUUAGAUUUGCUUUCCAAAUGAGGGGAAGAAGUAAAAUGGGCAGCAGAGUUACUGAUUUGCUAAAUGUUUAAUAUUGCAUAUUCUCAUAGUUGAUUUGUUUGCACGCAGCACAUACAUGCUUGCUAAUUAAUGUAAAAUGUUUACUGUAUUGCUGUUUUUAAUCUACAUUUGGGAUUUAUGCUACGAUUGUUUACUAAAAAGUACAAACAGAUAA